UACAAAUCCUAAAGGAGAAUACUCUCCCCUGUUUUUCUUCUGCUCUAACUUCACACUGUGUGUGAGUUGUUCUGUAGAAAGCAACGGAAAGGAGUUUCUGCAAGUCCGAUGAGAAAAGGGUAUCUCUGCUUUAAGAUGGGUUCUUGUGUUUCAAUCGAGGAGAAGUCAGAUUCUGCCAUGAAACUCGGUUUUGAGAUUGCUUCUAAGGCUGAUAAGAUAUCGAUUCCUUUGCCCACCGAGGAGAAAUCCGUGAACAGCGAUCACCGCACCGCUGAACUGGGUUUUAACUCUCUGACUUCGCCGCAGCGCUCCUCUUUGAAGAGUUUUAAGGACUUUGGUAGUAAAGAGGAGGCCUUUUUUGAUUCCCAAGCUUGGUUAGAUUCAGAUUGUGAAGAUUUCUACAGUGUUAAGGGUGAUUUUACCCCAUCUUGUGGUAAUACUCCAAACCAUCCGAGCCGCUUCAUAGUAACACCUCGACUUAAUAAAUCUCUUUCUAUGGAUGGAGCUGCUGGCAACAGAACUGAAUCGUCUCCAACUGACAAGAAAAAGAAUCUAGCUGAGCUCUUCCUUGAGAGUUUUAGGCAUGAUCAGGAUGCUGACAACCAAAUAUUUGCAGUUUACCAAAGUAUAUCUAAAGAAAAACUAGAACCUGAACCAAUCAGCCUUGACCUCCCUCCCAGUCCUAGAUCUACUAACGGAACUCCAUACAUGUAUGGAUUUAAUUCCAUUUGCAGUAGUCAUAGAACUCCAAAUCAAGAUUUUAAACCCGAUAAAGAGAAAUCCUCCAGGGCAGCACAAUGCUGCCUCCCAAGUUUUGUUUGUGGUAGCCUUAGUGAUAAGAAGAAGAAGUUGAGCCCUCGGCCCAGUGAGGGAGGGUCACUUCCAAAUCAGUGUAAAUGGACAAAGUUAAUAUCCAGGAUUUCCAAAUUUUCAAAUCCCAAGUUCUCUCUCUUUCCUUUUGGCAGAGUUUCACUGGAAUGCAUAAAAAGCAUGGCAUUUACUGGCAAUUUCUCUUGAGCACCUGGGAGAUGUCCAGAUAGUAUUACAGCAUGUAUUAACUGAGAGAAAGAAAAAAAAAAAGGUUGAAGAGGGGAGGGGGAUGGUUUCUCUGCUAUAGUAUCCAGUAUAAAAGUCAUUACAGCUUUUUGGUUGAAGCUGUUGUAUCUUUUCAAGUUGAUGUGUAUUUCUACUGUAAACAUAUUGCAGAGGUUCUUGUAAUGUACGCAGAUACGCGUACAACAAACAAAUAUAUACGAAAUGUAAGUAUGCGAAUUAUAUUAGUC